UGUCGUUAAGAAUGUCCCCUGCCCUCCAUCCAGCAAGGGAAGCAAAGCUCGGGAAGAAAGACCAGGACCAAGUCUUGGGCUCAGCCCUUGAUGUGUUCUUGUGAGAGGGUGCCUGUCUGCCACAGGGAGGGCAGGAGGGGGCUUUCUGGUGAAGCCAGGGUUGAGGGAAGAAGGUGGGAGCCAGCACUGGUUGCAGAGGCUCUAGAAGCCAGAGGUGGAGCCCUGAAGGCGACAGGUGGCCAGGGGAGUGAGGGGCUCAGGAGGGCCUUCAGGCGGGGGGUUCUACCCACCUCGGGGCUACAUUUGAGGGACCAAGGCCCAGAGGGAAGCAGCCAAGGCCUGAGCUAGGUUAUGCCGGAGGGCUGGGGCAUCUGCAGGGAGAUGGGCUGAGGCUAGCAGGCCCGGCUCAGCAGGUGGACUCCGAAGGAGAGGUGAGGCAUUGGGGGUGAUUUCUGCAUGAGCGGCGUGAUGGGUCAUCACCUGAGCUGGAGACGCAGGAGGAGGGCAGGUGUGGGGACAGGGUGCAUCUCUGUGGCUUGUCCGGCACGCAGGCUGUGUAACCUUGGCUGGAUGUGGAGGUUGGCGCUGGUCAAACCCCUGGGCAGCUGUGGAGCCAGCAGAGCCCCAGAGGACACCUGGAGACAGGAGGACCACCCAGAGGGAUACCGGGGGAGUGAGGGGCCAGGGCGUGGCCAGGGAGGUGAGGCGUUCAGCCUGCUGUCAGCCUAGCAGCCGCCUGAGUCACCUCUGAACAGAGCCAGGAUGACACAGCUUCCUCGAACUGCAAACGCAAGGUGACCAGACGUCCUCCAAGCCAGGCAGACAGUCAUGUCUUGCCGGAGGGCGGCCAGCCAGGGCCAGCCUGCAGCCUGGGUGUGGGCCGGGCUGGUGGGGUGCACCCCCACGUGGAGGGGAGUUGGGUGGGAGGUACGAGCCCUCCUGCUCCUGGGACCUGUCUUCAGUUGGGUGAGGCAUCAGCUUGGGGGGCAAGCUGGCUGUGUUACCCCAUGCUCGUGGGACAGUUGCCUCCUGUGUCGGCCCCACUGUGCAGUCAGCUGGGGAGGCACUCAGCUUUGGGUCCCCUGUGAGAAGGGCCCCGGCCCCCCAGGACAGAGGCGGUCACAUCACGGUGGCUUCUGGCUUUGGGGUUUGCAGCCGUCAGGUUCCAAUUUCCAAGCCCUUCUGUUCGGGUGACUGUGCCCAGGUUAUGACGACUAAUCCCAAACCAAACAAGGCGUUAAAGGUCAAGAAGGAGGCGGGCGAGAACGGCCCGGCGCUCAGCGAUGACGAGCUGGUGUCCAUGUCGGUGCGGGAGCUGAACCAGCACCUGCGCGGCCUUAGCAAGGACGAGGUGGUGCGCCUGAAGCAGCGGCGGCGCACGCUCAAGAACCGGGGCUACGCCGCCAGCUGCCGCAUCAAGCGCGUGACGCAGAAGGAGGAGCUGGAGCGCCAGCGGGUGGAGCUGCAGCGGGAGGUGGAGAAGCUGGCGCGCGAGAACAGCAGCAUGAAGCUGGAGCUCGACGCGCUGCGCUCCAAGUACGAGGCCCUGCAGACCUUCGCCCGCACCGUGGCCCGCGGGCCCGUCACCCCCACCAAGGUGGCCACCACCAGCGUCAUCACCAUCGUCAAAUCCGCGGAGAUCUCCUCCACCUCUGUGCCCUUUUCGGCCGCCUCCUAGUGCCCCA